AUGACCAUAGUCACGAGGCUGUCCCUGUGCAGUGGUCAGCACACCAUGCAGCACCCAAACUUCGAGACGCCUCACCCGCUGCAGACGGACGAGCAGGAGACAGGCUUUGACCCCUUACACAACUUUAACAAGAACCGCAGCCGAGGAGGCAGUCUGGAUAGUAGCUCGCACUCACAGUCCACAUUCCAGUCCUACAGGAGGGAAUGGGACGACUUGUUCGUCAACAGUAAUUACCUGGCACGAAUCCGGCGAGCUGGCUUGAGCGGGCACCUGAGGAGCAGUCGCUUUAGGAGUGUAUGCUGGAAGCUGUACCUAGAGGCACUUCCAGAAGACAAAAGUCAGUGGAUCAACAAAACCAAAGAGCUGCGGGCCCAGUAUGAGAAGAUUAAAGACACGCACAUCACUAACCCUCGUAAAGCUGCGGGUCAGCAGGACCUGGUGGUCAACAACCCCCUGUCCCAGGAUGAAGGGAGCUUGUGGAACAAAUUCUUCCAGGAUAAAGAGCUGAAGGCUAUGAUUAAACAAGAUGUGCUGAGAACGUUUCCAGAGAUCCGAUACUUCCAAGACGAGGACCUUCGAACCAAAUUAACAGAUAUCCUGUUCUGCUACGCCAGGGAGAAUGAACAGCUGCUAUAUAAACAGGGCAUGCAUGAGCUGCUGGCCCCCAUAGUGUUUGUACUUCACUGUGACCACCAGGCAUUCCAGCACGCCAGCGAAACGGCCCAGCCCAGUGAGGACAUGAAGUGCUUAUUAAACCCAGAUUUCCUGGAACAUGAUGCCUACUCCCUUUUUUCCCAACUCAUGGAGACCGCAGAGCCUUGGUUUUCCAGCUUCGAAAGACAAGUCCGAAAGGGGAAGGAGGAGAUGUUGACCAGUAUACCAUUUGCUCGGCCCCAAGACUCUGGGCCCUCUGUUGCCAUAGUGACCAAAGUAAACCGCAUUCAGGACCAGCUGGUGAAGAAGCAUGACGUGGAGCUACACAUGCACCUGAACCGGCUGGAGAUUGCCCCCCAGAUCUAUGGCAUCCGGUGGGUGCGUCUCCUCUUUGGACGGGAGUUCCCUCUGCAAGACCUGCUGGUGGUGUGGGAUGCCCUGUUUGCUGACAGUAUCACCCUGGACCUGGUGGACUACAUCUUCGUGGCCAUGCUGCUCUACAUUCGGGACGCAUUGAUUGCCAGUAACUUCCAGACGUGUCUGGGCCUGCUCAUGCACUACCCUUCCAUCGGAGACAUUAACUCUCUGCUGCAGAAGGCUCUGUUCCUACGAGACCCAAAGAGUCACCCGCGGCCAGUCAAUUACCAGUUUCAACAGAACCUAGAGUACUACAACAGCAGAGGAGCCGAUCUCAUCAACAAAACACGGACCAGUGCUAAACCAGCGCCUCUCAACAUCAACAAAGUUUCCAGCAGCCUGCUCAGCUUCGGUCGGAAGCUCAUUGGCCCUUCCCUGCCUGGAGGGGCGGGCCACUUCCAACCCAUAAACGCAGAGGUGCAGGUGUCCACGCCCCCCUCUCCCCCUGGACCUGCCCCCCAGCCAGCACACAGCCACAGCCAGCACCACCGCAUGCUGAAGUCUGAGAGUAUGCCCGUACAGCUCAGCAAAGACUCGGCUCCAGAGGUGGUCUAUCAGGGGCCCCAGUCAGCUCAGACCCACAGCAACGCCCCAGGCCAGGGAUCUCCGGUGGUCAGCUCUUCCCCCAGCAUGGAGAGCCUGUCGGGGAAGGGCCAGUUCAGUGCCUCCCCCCUCCACGCCUCCAGGGCGGGUGACAUUAACGCAGCCUCCCCACCACUCUCCGCCACCAAGAAAGAGUCCUUCUUCAACAUCACGCGCUCAAGAUCGCACAGCAAGAGCAUGGCUCGCAGAGACACGGAGGAGGACUUGGAGGCACAGAUCUCCUUUCUGCAGGGACAAAUCAAUGACCUGGAGGCUAUGAGCAAGUACUGUGCCCGCAUGAUGAAUACCCACAUCUGUAAAAUCCAGGACGUCAUUCUGCAGGAGCACUUGCAGAAGGAGGACGAGGUGCUGGUAUCAUUGGCUGGACUCAAACAGAUCAAAGACAUCCUCAAGGGCGCGCUGCGUUUCAACCAGAGCCAGCUGGAGGUUGAGGACCAUGAGGAGAUCUCCAUCGCAGACGACCACUAUACUUCCACCGCCAGUGCAGAGGCUGCCCGCCUUGGUCACGGCCCACCUGGCAACCGGCCACAUGGCCCCGAGAAAGCCAUGCACGCACAACAAGAGGAGGAGGCGUGUACACCGCCGGAGCACCAGGUGGCGAGUGCAGGCAGAAACUGGGGCGACUACAUCCUGGUGUCACAGGACGGGGAGCUGCAAGGGGGUGGUACAAUCCGGAGGGGACGUGGCCUGGUGCGGCUGGAGCCCGAGGGCCAGGCAGGCACUUUCCAGGACCCCCUGACUCCUGCCAGUCUCUCGGGAUCCUCUAGCCCUGAUGACGGCUCUACCAACAGCAAGGACUCAGACUUCACCAUGGUGAACCCAGCAGACCUGUGA